GCUCAGUAUUGGCAGAAAGAUGUAUCUGAUAAGUGCCCGAGACCCAUGGUGUUUGAAGCCGGAGAGCUCCUAGGGAUGCUCCUCAAGGUAAGACCAAGGAUCGUGAGUGGGUAUUGCCAACAUUUUUAGUGAGGUGGAGUCAGUGAAGCCUGUUACGGUGUUUAGUUGAUCAGAAUAGGUUAUCAAGAAUGGGGCCAAUAAUUAGCUGCCUGGCGAGGUCGUUAAUGUGACAUGCAACAGUAUCAGUCCUGCCUUACUGAUAUGAUUCCAGUCGGAGCACUUGAACCUUGUGGUGAAUGUGAUAUUGGAUAUGGAGGGAAGUGAACUGCCGAAAGAUUUUUAAAAUUGUGAGAUGAGCAGGGAUGAGACAAGAGAAGAGGCCAAAGGUGAUUAUCAGAGCAGAAAAAGUAGUUUAUUGAGGUUGGAGCCUAUGAUGAGCUCCCUCGCGAGGUUGUCAAUUUACCAGGCAAGAGCAAAUAUCUGUCCUGCCUUCCUGAUAUGGUUCCAGGCGGAGAACUUGAACACGGUGCUGAAUGUGAUAAGGGAGUAAAUGUAUCGAACACAGAGGGAGGUGGACGUGCUGGAGAUGUUCAAAAUAGAGACCAGCGAGGAGGAGAGAACACAAGGCCAAAGAAGAACAGCCAACUGGUCAGAGCCAAAGACUGCAGAUAGUGGGGUGGAAUUGGUGGAAAAUACCUACACAGAGGGGAUAUUCAGGGACUGGAAAUCCACGAUUAUUUGCGGGGAAAGGUAUUCAUGAGUCAACCGCAGUCACUGGUGGAGGCUGCUUUUGUUUUUCGUCUAUUAGAAAGUGCUCAUAAAUCUUAUCAGGCAGUGGCAUCUCUUGAAAGGAAAAAGUCUGCGAAAGCUGUAAGAGCUUCAGCAGAGAGUGAGACAAUUUCGUAUGAGAUUCGAGAGCGUAAGGAACUUGAACUCUCUUUCACUGUAUAUAACAAGGAACAAUGAGCAAGAGCCAAAAAAGGAAUAAAAUAUCGACGAUACAGUGAUACAAAAGGGCCAAACAAUGGUUCACAGCAGCUCAGAAGUAGAAGAUACAACAAUCAACAGCUACAUAAAUCAGGACGCUAACAGAUGGUGAUUAACACAGCUUUUAAAUGACUGGGAUCCUUAUCACAUAAUCAAUGGCCAGGCGUAAGUGGUCUUUCAUUUGAUCCCUCCUUUUCAGUUCUAUGUUUUUUGUAUAUAGCAGGAAAAAUUGAAGGGUGAGGGGUUACUGGCCUAUCACCGCAAGAAACACAUCUGAGCGAUGUGGCAGGGAUGUGCACUCUACAUGGCCUGAACUGAAAGCAUCCUGAGACUCAUAACAGUUCGGGUAACUAGAUGUAAGACAAUUACCGCUUGGCCAAGGAUCGGGUGGUCAGCGCAUAGAAUUGCAUCCCCACUACCCAUUAGUGUGAAUGAAAAGUUCUCAGUGUAAGUGCAAAGAUUCAUUGGCCGGAAUGAAAAGCUGAAACCACCCCAACCGGGCAGCACUGUAACAAUGUGGUAUGUUUAGCUUCCUGCAAACCUGGCAAGCUCACUUGAAAUCGCCGUCAGAAACAAAGGGGAAACAGAGCUUUUAUGGGCCAGCGGAGGGCCAAGCAGUUCAUGUAAUUCUUGAAGCAGUGGCCCAAGCAUUAGGAUUUGCCAAUAACGAGGUAAUGAACCCUGCUUUUGUUAAUAACAAAGUACUGUCAGCAACAUCAGACUCUUCAAUCUAUGUCACAGGAAUUGUGAAUCAGAGUGUGACUUGUAUAUUGCGACACACUUGUGCGACUGCCAGUGUUUUGAAUGAGGGGACAUGGAGGAAAAUUGGAUUUGUAUCAAAACAGAAGCCAGUAUUUGGGACGCUGACUACAGCAAACAGAAAUGAACUAACCAAAGGUGAUGAGAGGAAAUACUGA